AGGAAGUUGCUUGGGCCAAGUUCGAUACACUCUCAGUAACUUUUUCCUUUUAUAUCAACCCGGCGAAUAAAGGGAUUUACAUUGAGACGCCAUUGCUCAGGUUUGGUUGCCAGACGCUGCGGGUCUCCAAAAUGCCCCUGUUUCGAGCAUCUGGUGACCAUGCUGCGAAGCCCCGGCCCAAGUGCGAGAAAACGGGGCGCAGUCGGGUGACGGACGAGGACGUGUCGUCGCUGACUCGGCUUUGUUUGCUGAGCCUGGCCGACAACAUGAAGGCGGUGUGGGCGGAAGAUUACGCCAGUAACUAUUUGGAUCACUAUUGCUUCAGCUACAUCAUGGGGCCUUUCAAUUUCUUGUCCGGGAAUCUAGUCGAGGAGCUGCUAGAGCUUCUGUGCACAAGAAAGCAGCUUUCCCGCGCUGCUCUCCAUCUUCUGCUGCUGCCCCAGCUGAGAAACUUAUCCCUGGAUAGUUAUCCUAGUCUGGUCACCUCCUCCCUGUGUGCCCACAUUGCUGCACGUUGCCAGGCCCUGCACAGUCUGAGCCUAUCUGGAGCUCAGUAUCUGGGGUCGAAGGCGCUCUGCGACACCCUGCCCCGUCUACCCGCCCUGCGCUCACUUUCUCUGGCGGGCACGCCAUGUAAUGCUGACGUCAUCAGGACCGCCGCCCUCUGCUGCCCCCUGCUGCGCCAUUUAGACGUAUCCCGAUGUUGUUUCCUUCCCCCGAGUGCUCUGCUUCUUCUUGCGGGGUUCCGUCCUCUAUCGUACUCGGCGUCUAGCGCCACAUCCGGCUCCCCCCUGCCUCUCUGGAGUUUGUUGGCGCUCGACAUCGCAUUGGGAGACGCCCAGGCGGUGGCGGCCUACCUCGUCCUGGCGCUGCCCCGCCUGCAAAGAGUGGCGCUGGAGGGCCUCUCGCAGGCGUGCUCGAUGAUCCACGAGCGAUCCUUUGCACAAGCGGAUGAGUUCAGCGGCAGAGAAGGACUACCCAGGUUGGAGGAGGUGUGGCGGAAGAGGAGCGGGGACGCUGGAGAAGACGGUUGGAUGUUGUUGGAUGCGAGUGAGAGUGAGGGCGAGGCGGUUACUUCCUCCUAUAGUCCAGCGAGCGACGAACACCCAACCCUGUGCCUAAGCGACGUUCAAGUGGUCACAUGUGACUCUCUGGUGAUUUUGGGCCGCUUAUGCCCCAACAUCAGUUCCUUAUCGGUGAACAUGGAAGAGGAAAAUGGAGGAAGGCCGCAAGCGUCCGUCUUUGCCACAGGCCUGCGGUCCUGGUCCGGUCAGCUGCGGCGCCUGUCGGUACAACACCAAGGCCCUCUGCUGGACCUCCUCCCUGCCUUGCGAGUGGCUGGAUCCACCCUGGUGUCGCUCACCUUGGAAGGAGUGAAGACGAGCCCUCGCUGCCCUCUACUGGAGAUGAUCCGCGUCUGUCCCAGACUUGAAGAGCUGCUGGUCUGCGCUGAGCCCCCCGAAGACGCGCUGGAGGAUGAAGACGAUGUAGUGGAGCUGGACCAGCGGGACCUUCCAAGUCUACCCAGCCUUCGCUCCCUGGCACUGAGUUUCUCAUUCGAGCACAACCACACAAAGCCAAUCAUGUCCUGGAUGUCCCUGGCGACAGUGAUCAGGUGUCUCCUGGCUGCUGCCCCUUUACUGGAGAAGCUCUCCUUGGUCUCUUUGCCGUGCCCCCUGAACCACACGCUUCAACUUGUCCUGGGCUUGUCGCCUUCUGCUCCCAAAGCGCUCGGGAGGCUCCAGCGACUGAACCUGCAGUGGACUAAUGUGGAGAUGGCGACGGUGACAAAUAUUAUCCAGAGGAGCAAGAGACUGAAGUACGUUGAUGUGAGUCACUGCUGGGAAAUCAGACACAAGGAGUGGUUGUACUGCAGGAAGCUGAGUACAGUUCAAAUUGUCAGGAUGUAGUGAGGACUGGGGGUGCCCUGAUCUGAUGUCGGUGCAAUAUCUGCAAUUUUUUUUUUUUUUACACAAAAGGUAAACAUGCUAGGCGCUAGCAGCUAAGCACACAAUAGCAGAGGUGUGGACUCGAGUCACAUGACUUGGACUCGAGUCAGACUCGAGUCAUGAAUUUGAUGACUUUAGACUCGACUUGACAAAAUGUAAAGAGACUUGCAACUCGACUUAGACUUUAACAUCAAUGACUUGUGACUUCACUUGGACUUGAGCCUUUUGACUUGACAUGA